GGUUGCCGGCGUUAAUUUGUGUUGAUUUUAUCAAAUAAUUUUAGUAAUAUUUAUGUAAUAUAUUUAAAAAUACUGUUAAAAUAUCGCAAAUCAUGACAGCGGAGGUAAAUACCAAGAGGAGGCUUCCUCACUUAUCCUCCGACAAACAACUCACUUUCAUAAAACUUACUGUUUUAUCAAUGGUAGCGAUAUUGUCUUUCGCAACGAGACUUUUUUCUGUACUCCGCUUUGAGAGCGUAAUCCAUGAGUUCGAUCCGUAUUUCAAUUACCGUACAACGCGAUAUCUAACGGAGGAAGGUUUCUACAAUUUCCACAACUGGUUUGACGACCGAGCAUGGUACCCAUUGGGUCGUAUUAUCGGUGGUACAAUAUACCCUGGCCUGAUGGUCACUUCAGCGACAUUGUACAAUAUAAUGCAGUUCCUGAAUAUCACCAUUGACAUCAGGAAUGUGUGUGUAUUCCUUGCACCAUUCUUCUCUUCACUCACCACCAUUGUCACGUAUCUGCUGACUAAGGAAUUGAAGGACGAAGGUGCGGGACUAGUAGCAGCAGCGAUGAUCGCUAUUGUGCCUGGCUACAUCAGCCGCUCGGUGGCCGGCAGUUAUGAUAACGAGGGUAUCGCCAUCUUCUGCAUGCUGCUCACUUACUACUUAUGGAUAAAGGCCGUUAACACUGGCACUAUCAUGUGGGCUACUAUGACUGCUUUGGCCUAUUUUUACAUGGUAUCGUCUUGGGGCGGUUAUGUGUUCCUAAUCAACUUGAUUCCCCUUCACGUACUCGCUCUCAUGUGCCUCGGCCGUUUCUCGGCGCGUGUAUACGUCGCCUAUAGCACUCUGUAUUGCGUCGGCACCAUACUGUCUAUGCAGAUUUCCUUCGUCGGAUUCCAGCCUAUUCAAAGCUCGGAACACAUGUUGGCUCUCGGCACGUUUGGAUUAUGCCAACUGUAUGCGUUCACCCAAUACCUACGCAUGCACUUGUCUCCACCCAACUUCGAGCUGCUGUUCAAAGCGCUGCUUACCACAUUAUUGGCUACAUUGGGAACCGCUGUUGUCGUUCUCACAGUCAUGGGAAAGAUUUCACCAUGGACGGGAAGAUUCUACUCCCUCCUUGAUCCGUCAUAUGCUAAGAACCACAUUCCUAUUAUUGCGUCUGUGUCCGAACAUCAGCCGACGUCGUGGUCAUCGUUCUACUUCGACCUGCAAGUGCUGGUGUUCCUCUUCCCGGCCGGUCUGUACUUCUGCUUCGCCAAGCUCACAGACGCUAACAUCUUCAUUAUUUUGUAUGGCGUCUUGAGUAUUUACUUUGCGGGAGUCAUGGUCCGUCUUAUGUUGGUCCUGGCGCCAGUAAUGUGUAUAGUAUCCGGAGUUGCCGCAUCAAGUCUCUUGAGUCUUCACGUCAAGGACAUAGAGCCGAAAGUUGAAAAGCAGGACAAAAAGAAAAAGCAUGAAAAUAAUUUGGCAUUCCGCUCCGAGGUCGGCGCUCUAUUCGUGUGCGUGCUUGGCUGCCUUCUUGUCUCAUACGUGUUCCACUGCACGUGGGUGACGUCAGAGGCGUACUCGUCGCCGUCCAUUGUGCUGUCGGCACGCUCACACGACGGCGCGCGAAUUAUCUUCGACGACUUCCGAGAAGCUUACACGUGGCUCAAGAUGAAUACUCCCGAGGAUGCAAAAGUGAUGUCUUGGUGGGAUUAUGGCUAUCAAAUAACAGCAAUGGCGAAUAGAACAGUGAUAGUAGAUAAUAACACUUGGAAUAACACGCAUAUAUCGCGUGUCGGUCAAGCAAUGGCCUCGACUGAGGAUAAGGCGUACGAGAUUAUGAGGGAACUCGACGUUGAUUACGUGCUUGUUAUAUUUGGAGGAUUGGUCGGAUAUUCUUCUGAUGACAUCAACAAGUUCCUGUGGAUGGUGCGUAUUGGUGGCAGCACAGAUCGCGGCGCACACAUCCGCGAAGCGGACUACUACACGCCCUCGGGCGAGUUCCGCGUCGAUUCCGACGGCUCCAAUACACUACUUAACUGCCUCAUGUACAAAAUGAGCUACUACAAGUUUGGACUCGUCUACACAGAGGGUGGUCGUCCGCCGGGUUUCGAUCGCGUGCGCGGCGCAGAGAUCGGCAAUAAAGACUUUAACCUGGACGUGCUCGAAGAAGCAUACACCACCGAACAUUGGCUCGUCCGCAUCUACAAGGUGAAGCCGCUGCCCAACCGGGGCGUCUGAGUAGUAAGAGAAGUUCGUUUGUUAAAUAGAGUUCCAUUAUUGUAAUAUUGUAACCUAAGAGCUGGAGUUUACUCAAUUGGACAGUCGCGAGCACGGGUGACAUUUCAAUAUUGAAAACAAUUACACACAACAGCAAAUUUAGCAGAACAUAAAAAGGUUGAAAAAUAAAAUACCUGUUAUGUCCUUAACUUACACAUUUAAAAUGACAACUUUUAAAUAGAAAACAAUUUAAUUUAAAAAGACUAAACUACAAAAAAGCAAGAAUUGCCCUUUCUUCUUCUCAUGUAGCUAAAUUUGUAAAGAAUUUCAAAAAACUGACAAUGAGAAAACUCUCAUGAUCGUUUCCAAAGACAACCUGAAAAUAAUUGUAUCCGUCUGAUAUGUCAUAUAUAUACAAUUAAAAACCUCUCGAAAGUAUCCGCUUUCGUCAUUAACAAUAUUAAUAUUUAUUACAUUACAUAGUAUAUUGCUUAUUAAAUUAUAAAAUAAUUUGAUUAAUCAUAAAAGUUAAAAACCAACCUGCUAUAUUUAACUAUUAUAAUAUAAUAUUUUUUUCAUGUUUUGCUAAAUAUGCCGCCACUUGUAGAUCUCACUUGAAUACCUGUGUCGUUACCAGUUUCGGACACUAUUUUUUUUUUUUAAGAAUGGAACUUCUAAAUAACAAAUGAACUUUUGUUCAUAGCACAUUUGAGUUUAAGAAUGCAAAUUUCUGUAACUUGUAAAUUCUCUUUACUGCCUAAGUUUGCCUUCCGUAGAAUAUAUAAUAUUUGUAUUUUUAUUACAUCGUGUAUGGAUUGUGUGAUGUGAAGUGAUUAUUAAUGACCCGUACACACGUACGUGCUUGCAAGUGGUAUAAAGUCUGUCUUUUAAAAUUAUUUUAAUUUUAAAAUUUUGCCUACUUUCACAAUACAUCUAAUCUGUACAUGACUAUUUAAAAAUUUUAUGAAAACUGGCAACCCUGCAAAUGUCAUUUUACUCCGUCUUCAAAAGACAGACUUUAGUUGUUGUGAACGGUAUUAUCAAUAGAUUGUCAGACGUUAUUUUACCAAAAAUAUCUAUACUGUGAAUGUUACACAAUUCUAACGAUUACUAAUUGCGUUAUUUAUUGCCUUCAUUAUUUUUAUUUUGACAGUUGGCCUACUAGUACCUUAAUUUUUUUUCAUAUAUAUUUUAUUAAAAACAGGCGGAUUCUAUAAUUAAUUCAAACAUUCAGUCGAUAGUCGAUAGAAUAUUUAUAGAUUGUAAUCACUAGCUGUCACUGUCAUUUUACUCCGAGCUCAAAAAAGACAGACUAGUUUUCCCUUACACUGCACAUGGAAAUAAGAUAGUAUAUUCACUAUCGUUAAGCUGGACCGUGUAGCAGGGCCUUUUGAUGCAGAUAGUACAGCUGCAACACUUGCCUGUUUUUAUUACUAUUUUAAGGUAUUCUGCUUAUAGAAGGUGGUUACUCUUUCUACAAAGUACACUCAGUUCCGACCCCGUCGGUCAAUAUACUCAAAUAAUAAAUAGGAGAUACCGCGUGACCACCUUCUGUUUGCGGCAUCCCUAUAACUAGAAUUAAAGAAGUCUGAACUUAUGUAAACAAAUUGCACUCGAAGUCGUCAUAUACUUGACGGUAGUAUGCAAGAGCACGUCUGUCAGAUGAAGCGAAUUUUAAUUGAAACUGCUUAUCUCCGGUAGUAUAUGUCGGAGAGAAAUUGCUUUCAAAUUUUUAUGCAUUAUUUGCAUUAGCUGUACAAUAAAUUUUGACAUAAUAAAAGAUCAAUGCUCACCCUAGUCUUUGUAGAGAUGUCCUAAAAUAAGAAAAUGUGCUAUGAACGUAUUUCUUUUUCAAUUUUCUAGCUAGUUGUGGAAGUUGAAGCGAAUGUUAUCUGUUUGUUGAGUGUUGUUUGGAGUUCGUCGAAUCGGUCAUAAUGUGUGUCACAAAUAAUUUCACUGAUUGAUAUGAAAUCUUUAUAUUUAUUAAAUAAAUAGCGUAGAACCACUCCGAUCUCGAUAGAUUUUAAUUAUCGAUAAAAUGCUGAUAUAACUCCUUUAAAAUAAAAUUAGAAUAUUUUGGUGCUUUCGUAUAAGUAUCUAGUUCCAUUUUAUUAAGAACAGGUUCUACACUAUUUACAAUUCACAAAGUACUUUUUAAUAUUGUCAGUCACAAAUUGCCUUAAAAAAUUUGUCUAAAAACUAAAGUCUCAAAACCAAUGUUUAUUUCAAUGCUGUUUGUUCGUAUCGAUUG